UAUAAAAGCUGCCGGCUCUCUAGAGCGGCGUUAUUGUCCUCCCUGCUUGUGCAGAGACGCACCUCAGCAUGUCAGCAGCUCUACGCACUCAGCUCCUCCUCUGCCUCGUCUCCCUGUCCACAAGGACAGGACUCACUCGCUACAUCGAGGAUAACGACGCUUCGGAUGGAUUAUAUUCUCUGCUUUUGGCUCAGAAACGAGAAUCAGAGGAUUUUAUCUUUCACCGACCUCUUCGAUGCUUGGACAUGCUGGCCAAUGAAGGUUAUUUCACCUUCGUGGCGUCCCGGCCACAGCUGGCUUGCGCUGCUUUCAUCAUCGCCGAGCCCGGUGAAGUCAUCAGCGUGGAGCUGUCUGACGUCAGCAUCGACUGCACCGCCGGAGACUUCGUAAAGAUCUUCGAUGGCUGGGUUCUCAAAGGAGAGAAGUUUCCCAGCAGUUUUGAUCAUCCUCUCCCACCGCAUGAGCGCUACACGGACUACUGCUCCUCCACAGGACCGCUAGUCGCCUCCCAAUCCUCCCAGAACGUCGCCAUGGUCUUCUUUCGCAUUCACAGCCCUGAAAGUGGCUUCAACUUGGCCGUCAAAAAACUGCACAACCCUCUGCCCUGUAACAUCAUGUCUCAGAGUCCAGAGGGCAGCUUCACCAUGGUGAUACCACACCAGCACAGGAACUGCAGCUUCUCCAUCAUCUACCCGGUGGAGAUCCAGCUGACAGACCUCAGCUUAGGCGAGGCUAGAAGCAAUGAGAUCAGUCCGCCGAGACAGCUGUGGUCAGGUUGUUCUGGAUCUGGGGAUUAUGUGGAGUUGCUGGGAGGGAACGGAGUGGACACCUCCAAGAUGUUUCCUGUCGCUGAUCUCUGUUUCCCCGCCAGUGGGCUCGCCCAGAUGAAGAUCGGAUGCGAUAACUCGGUGGUGAGGCUGGUGUCAAGCGGGAAUUAUGUUAACCGUGUUACCUUCCAAUACCGACUACUGGAUCAAAAUGAGCUUCCCAAAACCAGAGAAAACGGUCUGGAUCACUUCUGUGCUGUGGAAUAAACACACACACACACACACACACACACACACACACACACACACACACACACCCUUGUGAGCCUUCACAGAGACAAUCUCACUGUCAUUAGUUUCUCUGUAAAAAACAAAGACAACAUUAACACAUUUUUAAAAACGCUCUCAGUAAGUUUGGAUUGUAUUUUAAAAACAUUUGUAUUGGUUAUAUAAUGACUAACCCUAACUGUUAACUGUAAUAACAGCGAACGCAUUUAGAGAUAAAUAUUUAUUUUAAACCUAUGAUAAUAGUGGAUUUAGUUGAUUUAUUUUCAGUCAAAUUACUUGAAAUGUGUAACAUAUUUAUGGUAGAAAUACAAAUUUCUCAUUUUUUUGGUUUCAUUUCACAUUUCUGUCACAUCUGUUUAUAUUGGCUUAAUAAUAAAAAAUAAAUAAAUAUAACUUGCAUGAAAACGCA